AGAUUUCCUUAAUAACGAUAUUUGUUCUAGUCACGCCACGCCAUGUCCUGUACUCGAGAAACGGAUCCGUAGCCCUAGGUUAGCAACACUUGUGUUACAUAUACAAACUUAUCCUAUUCUUUUCCUCACGAAUAUGUCUAAAGUUCAUCCACUUGAGGUCCUCAAUGAAAAAUUGUCCGCAGUUCCUUUGGAGAUAUCCGUGGUAGUUAAAACAACGAUUGCGGAGUACCAGGAAGAAAUCUCCCGUUUGAAAAGGACUAAUGCGCGUCUACACAGGCUGCUGGAAUUGGUUUUCAAACCAGAGAUAAAGUUGCAUAGAUUAAGAGACCUCCAGCAACUCACUCUUACUAAAGAGGAAUGUAACCCUGGGCAGAAGCAGAAUUGUGAGCAGGAAUGGAAUCCCAGUCUGGGAACCCGGAACCCUGAUGCUGUAGUAGAGUCUGUGUGGGAAUCUUUUAACAUAACUGUAGAACACCAAACAGAAUCUGACGGUGAGAGCAUCAGAGAAUCUGAAUCAACCAGUGACUAUGAACCAACCUCUGAAAUGAAUCCAGACAGUGACAACAGUGAAAGUUAUAAUGGAAAAAUGGAUAGAGUGGCAAGUAAAAUUCCACUGUCGGAUUUAAAGACUCUCAAACCAAAGAGAGGAAGAGGACGGCCAAGGAAAGAAAGGAGGAACGUUCCAGAUCUGAAAUGUGACCUGUGUGGAAAAUUGUUGGCGACAGCACGUAGUCUGAAAAGGCAUAGACAAAAUCGGCAUGUUGAAGAAAGGCCAAUUGGACGCCCUCGGAAACAAUCCAACUUCCAGCAUUUCUCUCUUUCUGAAGCGGAAGGUCAACCUGAGGAGCAGCAGAAUUGUAACCCUAACCCUAACCCCAGUCUGGGAACCCUGGAGUCUGAUGCUGUAGUAGAGUCUGUAUGGGACUCUUUUCUACCUGUAGAACACCAAACAGAAUCCCACUGCCAGAGCAUCAGUGAAUCUGAAUCAACCAGUGACUAUGAACCCUCCCCUGAAAUGAAUCCAGACAGUGACAACAGUGAAAGUGAUCAUGGAAAAAUGGAUAUAAUGGCAAAUCAAAUUUCACUCUUGGAUUUAAAGACUCUCAAACCAAAGAGAGGAAGAGGACGGCCAAGGAAAGAAAGGAGGAAAGUUCCAGAUCUGAAAUGUGACAUUUGCGGGAAAGGCUUUACGGCAGCACGUAGUCUGAAAAGGCAUAGACAAAGUUGGCACAGUGAAGAGAGGCCCAAAGGAAGGCUGAGGAAAGAAACCGGCGAGUCGCCUGAUUUGAAAUGCGACAUUUGCGGAAAAUGCUUUGAGAAGCCACGUAACCUGAAACGACAUCGGCAAUAUCUGCACAGCGAGGAAAGACGACGACACAUGUGCGACACAUGUGGUAAAUGUUUCAUCCGGAAAGACCAUAUGACCCAGCACAUGAAGCUUCACACAGAGGAGAAAAAACACUGCUGCAGUGAAUGCGGAAAACUAUUCCUUCACAAGUACAGCCUGAAGAAUCAUAUGGGCACACACAGAGGGGAGGCUUUUAAAUGUGACGUGUGUGGGAAAUGCAUGACGACCGCCGGCGGUCUGAAAGUGCAUCAGAGAAAUCACGCAGAGAAAUCUCACCACUGCCAGGAAUGUGGCAAAGCCUACACCUUCAAAGGAGACCUGAUAACCCAUAUGAGGAUUCACACUGGGGAGAAACCAUUUCAAUGCAAAGAAUGUGGCAAAUGCUUCAGUGACAAGGGCAGCCUCCCAAAGCAUAUGAUGACUCACACAGAAGAGAAACCACAUUGCUGCAAAGAGUGUGGCAAGUGCUUCAGUUUAAAGGGAAGCCUGACUGCACAUAUGAAGGUUCACACAGGGGAGGGAGUUCAAUGUCAUUUGUGUGGAACUCACUUAAAGUUGAAAUCCAGUCUGAAGAGACAUCUGAGAACUCACAGAAGAAAUAUUAAUAUUAAUUGAGAACAAAAAUACUGUUUUUGUUACAUUUCUUCACUGAGAUGAUAUCAAGAGGACUCCAUUCAAAUCAUUGUUUUUAGGUACAAUCUGGAAAUCUUUUCUGUGUUAUUUCAAUGAAUAUAAAAUACCCAACAUAGUAAUGCUUCAUGUGCUGAGCACAAAGCUCUGUCUUAACCUAUCAUAACCCAUUAACUUAUCAUUAUGAAUCUGUUGUUUACAAACAACUAAACUGACAAUGAAUAGCACCAAUUUUUAAUAAACAAAUAUAAAAUGGA